GUUAUAAGAAAUCAGUACGCUUCUACCUCCCGCCUCUACACCUGCGACCUCUAAGCCCUUCUUCUGCUCCACGCCUCCACCUCCGGCGAACCCACCGGCGUCCACGGCGUUUUCUCCGGCGACAUCUCCGGCAUUCAGAGCUUCACUUCCGGCAACCACGCAUCCACUCAGAGAUGAAAAGAAUGAUAGCAUUGGGAUUUGAAGGAUCAGCCAACAAGAUUGGUGUUGGUGUAGUGACUCUAGAUGGCACAAUCUUAUCAAACCCAAGACACACCUACAUCACCCCACCAGGUCAAGGAUUCCUCCCUCGUGAAACUGCCCAACACCAUUUUCAACAUAUCCUUCCCCUAAUCAAAGAAGCCCUUGAAACAGCUCAAAUUACAUUAAAGGACAUCGACUGUCUUUGUUACACAAAAGGUCCAGGAAUGGGUGCACCCUUGCAGGUUUCCGCCAUUGUUGUACGCGUUCUUUCACAGCUAUGGAAGAUCCCAAUUGUAGGCGUCAAUCACUGUGUUGCUCAUAUUGAGAUGGGAAGAAUCGUCACUGGGGCUGAUGAUCCUGUUGUCCUCUAUGUUAGUGGUGGAAACACACAGGUGAUUGCAUAUAGUGAGGGAAGAUACAGAAUAUUUGGGGAGACAAUCGAUAUAGCUAUAGGUAACUGCUUGGACAGGUUUGCUAGGGUUUUAAUGCUAUCAAAUGAUCCGAGUCCAGGGUACAACAUUGAGCAGCUUGCAAAGAAGGGAGAAAAGUUCAUAGACCUUCCUUAUGUUGUGAAAGGAAUGGAUGUGUCUUUUAGUGGGAUAUUGAGCUACAUUGAAGCCACAGCAGAAGAAAAGCUUAAAAACAAUGAUUGUACUCCAGCAGAUUUAUGCUAUUCGUUGCAGGAGACGUUAUUUGCGAUGCUUGUUGAGAUUACGGAAAGGGCUAUGGCGCACUGUGACAAGAAAGAUGUUUUGAUUGUUGGUGGUGUUGGGUGUAAUGAAAGGUUGCAGGAGAUGAUGAGAGUGAUGUGUGGUGAAAGAGGGGGGAACUUGUUUGCAACUGAUGAUAGGUAUUGUGUUGAUAAUGGGGCUAUGAUUGCUUAUACGGGUCUUCUUGCUUUUGCUCAUGGAAGUACGACUCCCCUUGAGGAAUCCACUUUUACUCAGAGGUUUAGAACUGAUGAGGUGUUGGCUGUUUGGAGAGAUAACAAGGACACCAUUGAACACAAGACACAGGGAUCCUAGGCUAUGGGUGGUUUGGAUUUUUUUUUUCUUUUUUUCCCUUGUUUGUAUGAUUGUUUCUAGUCAAUAUAUUUUGAACUAGAUGUUGUAUCAUCAGUAGGCUGGAAAUUAAAUUCUUCAACAUGAAAGAGUGGCUGAAGAAUAGUAUUUUUAUUGAUUAAGGUGGUUUUUUAUACUAUAUAAUCUCUUGGUUCCUGACA